AUGACACAAUUACGUGACAUUGCCUUUGAUGAACACUUUACUGAUCAUGCAAGUGGCGAUUUGGUUAAUGUAAUCAGUCAGCUAUACAACUAUAUGGUUGCAGACGAAUUACAAUACGGCAUACUUGCAACCUAUGAUUACCAUUGGUUCUUUUGCCAUCCAAGUGCUAAUCCAUCAAUACUAUUACUUUCUGAAUCUCUUCUGUUACAGUCAACAAGUCCGCCAGUACUCAAAACUUAUGCAUACUUGGUCUGCCUGGCAACAACAGAACCUAAAUCACCUCAUCCAAAUGUAAUUUCAGGACGAACUAGACAAGAUAUCAGAAUACAAGAUUCCAGGGACCAGAGCUCUGGAGUUCAAGAUUCUAUAACAGGAAUAGAAGAACAGACUUAUGGCUACAAUGAUUUCAAGCUUGAGGGUAUUCUAGGAUGUGGACAAACUGGGAGGACAUUUCAAGCCAGAUUCCAUGGAGAGCCAAUUGCUUUGAAGGUUAUUGAUCUAUAUAAGGAAGCUGAUCUCUUGCAUAAGCUUUGA